CAAGAGCAAACAAACUCGGACAGGAGUAACUCCGAGUAGUUACUAUGCUGGAAGAAAUAUCGAUGCAAAUUUCUCCUGGCAAGGCUGUGGAAAACUUAAGAAUCUGUCUGACUGAGAAAUAUGGUUCAUGAAAGCUCAUCUGGUGGCAAAUUGAUGAGCUGAUUUCUCUUCGCGCCAAAAUUUUGAAGUGAGUUCUGAUCGGGAUUUUCAUCAGGAAAACGUAACAAGUAAGAAACUUAAUGCCAACUAAGAUACCAUUUCAAGUGGUCUACAGUUCCAGUGCUGAUGACAAUCACCGUGAGAAAGAAUUAGAGUUUCAUAGUCCCACAACAAAAGGAUGGCAUUCUUCCAGGUUUUGUCUUUAUCCUCAAGAACUGGUGUUGCUGAUGAAGGAGCCAGUGCGCAUCAGAAAACUUCAGAUACUGUCCCAUCAGUUCAUGAUUUCUAGUAAAGUGGAAGUAUUAAUCAGCAAAGUACCCAGUGGACAGUCCCCAUCCUUGCUGACCUCCAAGUUUAAACGGCUUGGGUAUGUUGGACUCUCUGACAAUGGAAACACCGACUUUAAGGCAAGAGAGCUGAAAUCCAUUCACCUGGAUGCAGAGGGACAUUUUGUCAAGCUAGUCUUACACAAGAAUCAUGUGAACAAGUACAACAUUUACAAUCAGGUUGGAUUGGUGGCUGUUAAUGUGAUUGGCGACAGGCUGGAUACACCCUAUGAUCCAGGCGACUUUGAUUCAUUGAAGAAUGUUGACAGUGUUGUGCAGGGAUACAUAAGCCCUAAUGCAGUCAGUGGUCCUGUUUGGGGAAGAAUUAACAAACCUGAUUACAUCUCACGCAUGGAUGAUUUGGCCUUUGACAUGUAUCAGGAUCCAGAAACUGCAGCUCUCAUCAGAAAACUGGAUGACAGGAAACGAGAAGCUGUGAAGGAGGAAAGAUAUGACUAUGCUAAGAAGCUGACAGCUGUCAUUUCAGACUUAUAUAAGGUUGGUGAGAAGCUCGGAAAGUAUGAAGCAGAAAAGAAAAAAGCUGUUGAAUUGGAAGAUUAUGAUCUUGCCAUGGAGAAGAAAAGACAAAGUGAUGAAUUUCGUUUAUAUGUCUACAAACAGCUGGACAUUCAGGAGCUUUUGGAGUUAGAUGGGAGAAAAACACAUGAACAUAGACCAAUUAAUAUAACUCCACCACCCCUGCCUCCAAUAGCAACAGAUCAGAAUAGACUGCCCCCUACUCCUCAGCGCCAAGAGGAAGAGAGGGACACCCCACCCCUGCUGGCACCAAUAAAACGACAACCUUCUGCAAGAGAAGACACUCCGCCUUUGAUUAGCCCCAGGAAGGAUGACGAUGCUGACGACCGACCUCUUCCUGCUUUAAACAAAAGGUCCCUUGAGGCUGACCAAGAAGUGGAAGGUACCAAGGAGCCUCCUGGAAACACAGAUGGACCAGAGCCUUUGAAGGAGAAUGAUCUCAGAACUGCAGGAUUUGUCAUUGAAGUUUUUGGUGAAGACCUGGUUCAACAUGCUUAUUCUAAACAAUGGAAAUAUCGCCAGGAAGCUAUGGAGAACGUUGAAAAGGAAAUGUCGUCUGAUACACCUCAGCUGAUAUCAGACAAAGAUCCUAAAGCAGUUGUCAAGGCAACAGUGUUCCUUGUACAAAAAGGAAUCAAGGACCAAGUUUUUUCCGUCUUCAGUGAGAGCUUGGAGGUUCUGCGCUCAUUGGUAAAGACGUACAUUCCUCGUCACAAGCUGGCAAAGUCAGAAAUCUCGCAUGUUGCUGAAAAGACAACUCCUCCCCUGCUGACAAAAUCUGGUGAAAUGGCUGCGAGAAGUCGCGAUGUUGCCACUGCCAUGAUAAUGGAGCUAGCUGUACACAAAGAUAUAAAGCUUCUGGGUGUUCUACCGGAUCAUGCUACACGACCAUUUAAAGCAAAACAACAAGUGUCGCCCAGGAUGUACAAAAGCAGGAUUGAGAUUAUCGAAAAGCUUCUUGGAGUUCUGGAAUUAGAUUCUGGUAAACCUGGGAGCCUCUCUACUGGAAAUAUAAUGAGGAUUGUGUUACCUGCACUGGAACAUACCAGCGGUGAUGUGAGGGAUCCUGCAUGUCGUCUCGUUUUGGAGUUGUACAAGAAGGUAAAAGACACUGUUCGUGACUAUCUACCUCCUGACGAGCCAGCCACCCGGAAAAACCCACUCUACAGAAACCUGUUUGACGGGUUUGACCAGAUCGAUGGAAAGCCAACAGAAGCCGAGAGAAAGGCACAAGCAAAGACAGCAGCUGCAAACUCAGAGAAAGCCAAGCAAGCCGAGAUUGCAGCAUUACAGGCUCAACUUCAAGCGCUCCGAGACAUGGCUGGGGAAUCUAACAAAGCAGGAAAUUCUAAGCCAGCUAAAGAAGAACAGAUCGACGUAGACAGAAUGUGUAUCUUCUGCGGUGAGCAGAACGAAUCUUUCACUGAAGAGAUGUUGGAUGUGCAUUACUGGAAGAGCUGUCCCAUGUUAAAAAGAUGCGACCACUGUGCUCAGGUGAUUGAAAUCUCCGGUGUGAGUGAACAUCUGCUGACUGAAUGUGAGUCCAGUGGCAAAUUUGCUCAGUGUCCUCGAUGUAAGGAGGCCGUCCUCAAAGUGGAUCUUGAAGGACACCUCGCCAAAAAAAGCUGCAGCCCAUCUAAAGGUCCCCGCUGUGUUCUGUGUAACAAAACACUUGGCAAAGGAGACGAGGCCUGGAGCAAACAUUUGAAAGAAGAAUGUGCUCCGAACAAGGCGAGGCUGCAGCAGCAAUCAGCUAGCAAAGCUCCAAGCCAAGCAAGUUUGAGAAGUACUCGAGGUAGAGGAGGGAAGACCACGCCCCUUGGAAGAGGUGCAGGAAAGGGGAGAGGUAAAAUAGGUACCUCCUUGCCCAGAUAAUACACGGCUGGUAGUGGAUGUCACUGUUAGGAAAUAAGUAACCAUAAUAAUCUUCAAAUUUUGGCGGCUUAUUUUGCCAUGGGGACUUUGUUUCUGAACUGUUCGAGGUAACUUCAAGACUCCAUGCUGAUUCCUUCUUUUUCAAGCUUGUAACUAUUCGCGCCAUAUUUCAAUGUCUAAAACUGUCCUCCGUUCUCCAAAUGUUGUGGGGUCCAGUUACCUCGAUAUUUUCGUCGUUCGAAGUCGAGCGGACUCCUGUUGGUAUAUCACUUUAAUUUUGCCGAAGGAUAUCUUCAGGCAUACUCCGCCACUCUUCCCCGCCCCCAGUUUUUUUCACUGACCCUAGGGGUGUAAGGUAUUAGAGUCAGCUGACAAUCUUUUUGGUGUAAGCUUUCCCAAUUAUUGCAUCUUCGUUUGACUGAUGUGUGAAGUGGCUAUUUAAUGAUGUAUAUUGUUAUAUUAUAAGGUAUAACAAUGUCGUGUCGUUGUAUCUUAAUCUUAUUUAUACUUGACUUAUAUCAUCCUAACUGUUUACAAAUCGUUGAUUAAAUUGUACAGAAAUUUUCUACUGCCGCUGGCUGUAGAUCUAUUAAGUUUUAACGCGUUUAAUAUGGUAUUGCUGGUUUGUAUUUGGUGUACGUUGGUCAAUUUAUUAAAUCAUCUUUGUAACUUGA